AUGUCAACGCUGUAUCAUGUUGCUGACUCGGAUUUGUCUCUUAGCAGCACUUACCCCAAUGUGGAAACGGCAGCUGCCGAAACUGAUGCUGCUUUAACGACAUUUGAUUCUGACUUGGAUGCCAGUACAUUUGAUAUUGAUUUCACAUCAACUGCACUGACAACCACAACGGCAACUAUAUCAGCAAGGAACGCUAGUUUUUUGUUGCCCGAAUUGUCGAAUUGGACAAAUACAAUAGCAACAACAACAGCAACUGCCAUUUCGAGUGCAAUACCAACAACGGCUGUGGCAGCAACAACAGCAGCGAAGUCAGCAAUAGAUACAUUUAAAGAUACUCUAAUACAAGCACAAACAGCACUAACAACGACAAUUCCAUCAGCAACUCCAGGAACAGCAACAACAAGUAUAGCAGCAGCAAUUAACAGUUCGAAUGUUCAUCCAACCUUAUAUCCAUUUAAUGGCACAAACACAAACGAUAGCACAGAUAUCCUUGAGGAUAAUUGGUUCAACUUGUUGCUUCUCAUAUUGAAAGGAUUUAUAUUUUCGUCCAUCAUCCUAGCAGCAGUACUUGGAAAUGCUUUGGUUAUUAUAUCAGUGCAACGUAACCGAAAGUUACGGUAA